AUUUUUGAAGCCUCUGUAUCUUUGCCUCCAUCUUUUAUAGUUUCUAUAAUAUCUAUCUUCGGGGUAUUGUCUUGGGUAUCCACAUUAGUAGAUUUAACAGGCCGUGAUUCUGUAUUGUUUACUUUAGAUAUGUCGAAUACUUGGACUAUAUCUUCUUCUUUUUUGCAG